AUGGGAGAAUGGAUCAAAGCGGAUAUCGGGGAUUGGCGCACAGCUGGGAUCAAAUGGGACAAGAACAGGGGCAGGGACAAAUCCACGAUGAGUCAGCAGCGGCUAACUCCGUCGACCGAGUACGAGGUUGUGUUUCCCUUCCUUCCUCGUCACUCUCUCCGUUCCCCUGUCCCCCCGUGCGGCCCGUGCAUGGCCUCUACCGCAUCAUCAUCGUCGUCGUCGUCAUCGUCGCCUGAGCCCCGUAUGGCGCCCGGUGCACCCGCAUACAACCCGGUGCCGACGUCACCGAACUCGCCCACGACACCGCUGGACCGCACAGUGAACGGAGCACGUGCAUCGACACACGUUACUCGGUCGAGUCCGCUGAAUCCGAAUGCGGAAAUCCCUCAGCGUCGGUCUCGUCCUCCCUCGGCGGGUUCGUCCAGACUCAACGCCGAGCUGGCAGAGGUCAGUCGCACCAGCACAGAGAACGAUCCCCGCGCGACAAUUGCGCACUUGUCGUAUAGCCACAACAGCACUCUUCACGCCCCCCUGCGUCCCCCAUCGACCGCGGUCAACAAUCGGUUUUCCACAAUGUCAUCCGCAGGCUCCAUCCUUUCAUUUGCCUCGGACUCCAAAUACCCAGCUGCCUAUCACCACGCGAACUUGUCCGCAGUCGAAUACCUCGAUCAGGGCGACGACUGGGCUCCGCUCUACGAGGGUCCCGAAGACGACGAUGCACUCCAUACCCCAGAUCCAAAGGGCUACCGGGAAAAGUUUGCAUGGAGCGGUCGAGGGCUCUUCAACGUUGGCAUGCUGCUGCUUGUCAUACUCGCCCUCCUUGCUCUUUUCAUCAGCUAUCCCAUCGUCAGCUUUCUUCAGAACGGCCCCCUCAAGGUCCCCGCUAGAGUAAACGCUACCGGCCAAGUGGCAUCACUCACACGCAUGCCUGAUUUAGUAGACAAGGACACCCCCCAAUCAGCCAUGACACGCACGGGGUUUGACGGUCAAGAAUACGAGCUCGUCUUUUCCGACGAAUUCAACACAGACGGCCGCACGUUCUACCCUGGUGAUGAUCCCUUCUGGGAGGCCGUUGAUCUCAACUACUGGGCCACCAAGGAUCUCGAGUGGUACGAUCCCGGCAACGCAAUCACAAAGGACGGCAGCUUGGUCAUUACCCUCGAGCAGGUGUUGAACCAUGACUUGAACUAUCGCUCCGCUAUGCUUCAAUCUUGGAACAAGUUUUGUUUUACAAAUGGCUACAUUGAGUUCAACCUGUCCCUGCCAGGAGAAGCCAAUGUCCCAGGAUACUGGCCCGGAGCAUGGAUUAUGGGUAACCUUGGACGACCGGGCUAUGGUGGAACAACCGAUGGCGUGUGGCCUUAUACCUAUGACUCUUGUGAUAUUGGCACUUUCCCGAACCAAACGCGCAAGGAUGGCACCCCGGUAACCAAUGCCAGUGGUGGGACGAAAAAGUACGACUACCAGUUGUCUGUGCUGUCUGGCCAAAAGCUCUCCGCCUGCACAUGUUCUAAUACUCCAUCGAGUGAACACCCCGGUCCCAACCCAUCCACGGGGCGUGGUGCACCGGAAAUUGAUGCCCUCGAAGCACAAAAGAAUAAGCAGGGUGAUGGCGGUCGAGUGUCUCAAUCAGCUCAGUUUGCUCCUUUCAGCUACAACUACACCUUUGACGAGUCGGCCAUCCAAGUCGAGGAUACUAGCAUUACGUUCCUGAAUGACUAUCGAGGCUCUGCUGUCCAACAGGCUGUUUCGGGCUUGACCACUCUGCCCGAGGAUAUCUAUCAGUUGUCACAGGGCAACUUCCAGACGUUUGGAUUCGAGUAUUACGGGAACAAGAAUAAGCGUUCGGAUGGGUACAUUACUUGGCUCGCCAACGGCAAAAAGUCGCUCAGCAUGACUGCCGCCGCGGUUGGUCCCGACGCCAUGGCCGAGAUUUCGUCGCGGCCGAUUGCAGAGGAGCCCAUGUCGAUCGUCCUAAACUUGGCCAUUUCCGAGUCGUUCCAGAAGGUCGAUACCGCCAACUUGCAAUUCCCCGGCUACCUCAAAGUUGACUAUGUUCGCGUGUACCAACGCAAGGGCGAGAAGAACGUUGGAUGUGAUCCAAAGGAUUAUCCCACUGCCCAAUACAUUAAUGAUCAUCGUGAUGUUUACACGAAUGCCAACAUCACCAAAUGGCCAACCGCGUUCCCGAAGAAUUCGCUGGAGCCGUACCGCCAGCUCGACGUUCAGUUCCACCGAGUCGGAGGGCGGCCUGAUACUACUACUACCGCUACGUUUGUUCCGACCACAACCCCAAGCGCCACUGGACUCUUGACCGCGUCUGUCCCGGUCCAAACGGAAACUACCAGUUCUAGUUCGCUCUCUGCAUCCACACCCAUCUCGACCACCAGCACGAGCGACAACAGCGGCGCCGCGGGUCCUCCUGUUGCUGCUAUUGUAGUUCCCACGAUACUUGGUGCUUUCGUAAUUGGGGCUGUUGCAUUUUUCUUGAUUUUCAGAAGACGUCGAAGAAGAAGAAGCAGCAGCGGGUCGCCGUACAUCACAAGGCACGAGCCAAAGCGUCGAGACACCCAUCCACAGCCAACGAUCCAAGACUCUUCGCUCUACCUCGCAUCCAACAAGGAGCCCGAGAAUGAAAAGGACACGACGCCCAUGUCUCCCACCGACACCUUUGUUCGAUCGGACCCAUUCAAACAGGGCCGUUUCAGACCGUCAGCUGCCCACCAUACCCGGAACGCCCUCCACGCCUCGAUUCGCAUUUUUCACUCCCGAGGAGCAGGAUGGGGAAAAGCUCAUUGCGCAAGUUCAGCCGCAGACGUCGAAAUCAUUUCGCUUUCCCGAACUACGACCCGGAACUCUAACCGUUCAAGUCGUUCUGCGCGCUCCAAGACUCGCAACUCGACGCCCCCUACUCCUACCGGGUCUCUCCCGCCGCUAUCGCCCCCACCACCCAUCCCGCUCCCUCCCCUUCCCGGCUUAUCCGACCAUCUUGCCAAACGCGUGUCGACGAAUACUUUGAGUGCUCCCUCUCGACCUGGGUUCAUGGAUUCUCGCCCUGUCAGUAUGCAGUCGGCGUACUCGGUCCAGACGCAGAGAUUCAGCCCGAACCUCUCGAGUUCGCUUUCGCCCGAUGUACUAGCCACGCUCGAGAGGCUGAAAAAGCGCAUAUCCACACCUUGGUCAAUAAAUUCCGUCGAUACUUAUCAAUUCACAAGACAACUGCGCCGCCGACUGAAGAAGCAUAGGCGCUAG